AUGCUUAAGGCAGGACAGGUGAAAUGUGACCGUUACGACCCGUGCAUGAACUGCGUUGAUGCGCGCACAGAAUGUCGUCGCACACGGCCCCGACGCAGUAUGCGUCCUAGGGUUUCCCGCAUUGCAAGGCUGUCGGAGAGGCUCUCGUCGGUUGAGCAGUUGGUUCUCAAUCCUCACCCCGGUGCUCCCGCUUCGCAGCCUGUCCUUGAUCCGCGAGAGGAAGCAGAGCACAUUGCUCGAAGCGGUCGAACCUCGCAAGCUCCCAGCUCGGAGGGUUGGAGCGCGCGAGCCAAAGAGAGCGAGAGCACCGCUCACCCGGCAGCCACCGCAGAAGACACAUCGAUGCAGCCAGCGAACGAAGCCCGGCGCUUCAUUCAGCAAGAGCUGCAGCGCAGCGACCAUCUAUCUUCGCUCCAGCGCGCCGUGUUGGAAAAUGCACUGUCGCUGGUUAACAGGCUCUCAACCGCGACAUGUGAUUCGAAAGUCUCGUCUGCAGGACACGCGCAGGCCUUAGAGGAACAAGAUGAGACAACACAGGAAUUCUCAAUAGAGACAUACUACAUGAUGUCGAAGCGUUCGUGUUAA